AAACAUAUAUCAACAAAAACAACUAGGGUUCACAGUCUUGUUCAGCACCGCAGGCAGCAUCAUCUCCUCUUGCAGCAGCAGCAGCAGCAACAAUGGUGAAGGGCCGUCAAGGAGAACGCGUCAGACUCUACACCAGAGGAACCGUUCUCGGUUACAAAAGGUCAAAAUCGAAUCAGUAUCCGAACACGUCACUGGUUCAGAUCGAAGGGGUGAACACAAAAGAGGAGGUUUCGUGGUACCAGGGGAAACGCAUGGCCUAUAUCUACAAAGCGAAGGUGAAGAAGAACGGGUCGCAUUACAGGUGUAUCUGGGGAAAGGUUACUAGGCCUCAUGGUAACACUGGUGUUGUUCGUGCUAAGUUUAAGUCUAACCUUCCUCCUAAAUCUAUGGGAGCUAGGGUUAGGGUUUUCAUGUACCCAAGCAAUAUCUAAGCACCAAGAAGUAAAAGGAACAUAUCAUUGCUGGUGUUUUACGACAAUUUUGUGCUAUUUGUUUUUUUGGUUGAUGGAGUAUUUGAUGAGCAAUGUAGCAUGUACCUUUUGUUUUUUAAGUGGAUUUGAAUUUAGUUCUGGUUCAUUGGUUAAAGACAUUUUAGCAGAGUUGUGGAUCUGAAGCAUGAUUAACUUUUGGCUUGCUGCGUUUUUAUAUCAUCUCUUUAUAAUGUCAACUAGUGGUUGACUUGAUGUGAAGUUUUAUAUAAAACCUGUUAGUUUUUA